AUGAGGGUAUCGCCUUCAUCCCUUGGGGAAGGGCCUCGGGACUCCCAACCCAAAAACAGCACCGCCGAAAAUCCAAAUCCCUUCCUUGCCUCUCCGAAUCAGGGGCCAGCUGCCGGAGCCCAGAACCCCACCCACGGUCUCCCAGCAGGGUCUGAGACACCCAGACCACCGCCACGGCAGCCCAGCGCUCAAGCCCAGAUUCGCCCUCCGCCCCCUUCCUCUUUCGCCCAGCCCAGCCCAGCCUCCGGCGCCGCCCCCACCGAGUUCCCCAGCUUCAUGAAGGACAUUUCAAGCAUCACAGAGCUUCUCUAAAGGCUACACCUAGAAUGCUAUUGACAUUGCCUUUCAACAAUGAAGAAAAUCUUCCAUACGGUCAAACUCAACAAACCGUCCUGAAGAACGCUCUAGUGGGUGCAAAGAGAAGUAUGAAGAUGAGAUUCUGUAUUUUCCCUGCAUGGAAAUUCUCUAGAUGUUUAGGGCACCAAUAAAGUGUAAAAAAGCCA